CAAACAGUCGCAGCUUGUGGCGUUCUCGCAGAUAGGCGUUUUGUAAAUUUCAGUGUUGGCUUUGGAUUCUACUUGAAUUGAAACGAGCGUUUUGUUGUGCGCGUCUCAAUUGAAAUUUGCAGUCAGCGUCGCUGUUGCCGUUGCCGUCAUAGUCUUCGUUGCCUGGAAUCGUUGAAGCGGGAGUUGGUUGCCACAGAUAGUGGCCCAGUCUUGCCUGCCCCUAAGCCGCCUCGCCCAAGCUCGUGCUCCUCCACACAUAACCAGCACAGGGCGAUAAAAAAUUAAUAAGCGUAUUACAAACCGUGCCAAUAUAUAAAAGCCACAGGCCCAGCCACUCGCUCACUUGAAAUUACUUCUUCCUCAGAGUGCAUUGAAAACAGCCGCAAAAUUUCGAAAACAACGAAAAUGGUUUUCGAUUGUGGUGUGUGGUGUGCAAAGUAUUUGCUUUGCAUAUUUAAUUUCAUAUUUUUCUUACUCGGGACAAUUAUAUUCGGCGCUGGACUAUGGUUAGCUGUGGACAAGCAUUCCCUGAUUGCUCUGCUCAAGUUGGUCGAGAGCGAGCGCAUUGAGCAAUUUACACAGCCCCAGGUCAUAGAGCAGUUGGCCUAUGUGCUCCUCGUCAUUGGCGCCAUAAUGUUCUUCAUGAGCUUCUUGGGCUAUUUGGGCGCAAUGCGCGAGUCUCGGUGUCUGCUCUCAACGUACGGCACAUUUUUGGUAUUGCUGCUAAUCGCGGAAAUAGUGGCCGUCGGCUUGGCUGCUUUCUACAAGGAGAAGGUGCGGGCCGAGAGCAAAAACUUUUUGCAGACCACAAUCACCAGUUAUUCGCUGGGCGAGGAUAUGGACGCGACCUCUCUGAUGUGGAACCAGUUGAUGGGAAAUUUCGGCUGCUGUGGCAUUAAUGAUUAUCGCGAUUUCGAUGGCUCCCCAGCGUGGCAGAAUAGCAAGGGAAAUCGGACCAUACCCGAAGCCUGCUGCAUAUUGAAGGAUGUGGCAGAGAUGGUGCCCCGCGAUGAGGACUGUGUGACAAACCCCACCGAGAGCAACAGCUUCUUUAUGAAGGGCUGCUACGAGGUCUUCACUGAUUGGCUGAUUCGUCAGCGUGAGCUUAUUAUUGGCGUCAUAGUGGUGGGAAUUGCGCAUUUAGUUCUAAUAAUACUUGCCUUUGCUCUGUGCAAAGCUUUUGCCAAAUACCAUGACAUGCGUCUGUAAAUUUCUGAGAUUCGCCAAAGGACAUGUUGUGCAAGUUUUAAGUAGAAAAGUAGCUUACCAGGCAUGCAAAUUACAGCAUUAAGAAGCAACAGUGAGAGGAGAGGAAGAGUAUUGAGAUAAAUUAUCCAACCCACACGAACACCAUGACGUGCUCAAAGGAAAAUCAAAUAGAAAUAUAGAACCAAACGAUGAGAACAAGUAACCCAACUUACUCGAUGCAUUUGCCGCAUAACUCUCUUCGAGGACGAUACAAACAUACAUAAAUACAUACAACAUUCUUACAGCUGAAGCUCUAAACUAAGAUUAUAUACAAAUCAAACAAAAAACAAAAUAACAAAACAAACGAAACGCAUCAUAAACAAAUUUAAUUAUGCAUUACAAAAAAAAAACAACAACAACAACAUAAAGGUUGCUCAACAUUUGCCGACACACACAGUGAAAAAAGAACGCAUAUUUGUUUUAACAGUUUGAUAUGAACAUACAAGUAAACACUUGAAACACCCUGUUUUGAUAGCAGUUUUAGUUUUUAAGUAGUACUCUACUUUAUAUAUACAUUGUUAAUAAUUUGCUUAGUUCUACCUUAUAAUAAAUACAUACGAGUAUAUCAAUUUUUUAAAUGUUUGCAAAAUUCACAAUUGCAAAGAAUUAAAAAAGUAAAACCACUCAAAGACAUCACACGAAAACAUACUACUUACAAGUAUAUGAAGUCAUGGAUGAAAAUAUUCCAUUUUGAAAAUUAACUUUUAGCAAUGCAUAAAAAACCAUACAUACAUACAUAUAUAAUUCGACAAAAACAAAAAAGAAGAUGGAAAACAUUAAGAUUAAAGUUGUACUAUGUGUAUUAGUUGUAAGUCUGUAUAUUUAAGUUUUAAAUUUAGUUGUUUGCUAUUUUCGAGUUUUUUAACUACUGAAGAACGCGAGAAGAAUGCGCGUUCUUCCUCUUUUUGUUAAAAAUAAAUGUUGUACAUUUUUGAAUUCUAUAUAUAAAUAUAUCAAUAUGCCUAUUAUUAAUUCAUAUUAUACACGUAUGUCUGUAGUUUACUUAAUGUACUUUUGAACGAAGCAAAAAACAAAAAAGAUAUUGAAUUAAA